CUUGCAAUGGCUGGGGUAAACAACCCCCGUGAAGCAGCAGAGACUCUGGUCGCUUUGAGACAGCAACAAGAACUCCUCCAGAAGCUUAUUGAACAACAAGAACAGAUGAGAGCAUUGAGAGGGAGACAGGCUGCUCUUUUAGCGCUUCAACAAGAUGCUGAGUCCAAACUGGCAACAACACGACAGAAGAGUAAUGAAGCUCGUUCUGUUUCUAAUGCUUUGGAGGAAGCUGCAGUUAGCAUGACAAACAGGGUAGAAUCCCUGUCAAAGUCCAGUGGUGCCACAGGAAGUAAUGCCUCUAGACAGCAACAGGCAGAUCCAGAACUUCUUGACAUUAGGCAACAGUUACAAUAUCUGAAGAAUGAGCUGAAAUCACAGGAUCAGAAUACACAAGCUCAGGCUGCCAGUGGUCGUAAUUUGCAGAGCAAUCGUCCAAAAGAUGUCAGACCUAAAAACCAGCCUCCACCUAGACCCCCAUCACCAAAGUUUGCUGACAGACCAACAAAUGAGAGAGAAGCCCAGUUGGUCAGAGAUAUGGUUCCUCCAACUGAAAUGAGUAAAGACCAACUUCAGGAAAGAUUGAAUGACCUUCUGGGCAAGAAAGAUAAAUUGGACAAACUGAUUCAAGAGGAGUUUUCUAAUCCAAUGUUACCAAUGCCAACAGCACAAAUGAAUCGUGAUGAACUGCAGACCAAAUUAAGAGAGUUGCAGGGAAAGAAGAAAAGAAUGGAUUCUAUGCUACAAGAGUUACAUACCUUGAGAAACAAUCCGGCCUUUCUGCUGAACAAUGCUUCAUCAGAAGCAGGUAUGAGAACAGCCCUGAUUCCACCAACAUCUGAGAUGGAUCCUGUGGCAGCCUCGUCCGAGGGUACAGACAAUCUUGCUAAUGGUGUCCUGGAAAUGAUAGAUGCUAGGCAGAAAAUGCAAAAGUUGAAUGAAGUAAAGGACAGACUGUCUCAGCUCAAGUCGUUAGUUCACAUGUAUGAGAGUACAGAAGGUGCAGCAGGCAACCUGGAGCAAUUGGAAAAUGAUGAUCAAACCUCUGUACCAGCUUAUAGUGACUAUGGUGCAGAAGCUGAAGUUUCGAGGGAUAGAUUACCUGAAAGAGAACAAAAACAAGUGAAAGCAGCUGUAAAACCACAAAUUAACAUCCCAGUGCGUCCACAGCAACAAGUGCUAGAAGAUUCAGAUGAAAACAACAGUUCAUCCUCAUCAUCAUCAUCUUCAGGCAGCGAGACAGAAUCACAAUUGUCAAGUCUGGGACCUUGGGGAGAUGAUCCAGAAAUACAAGAAAAAGUCCA